CUUCAGACACUGAUUUGCAGAAGAUUCUGGAAUACAGAGGAGUAGCUGAAAUUCUUCAGACCAUUUCUUGUCUUCUCUAAACUCAGAAAAUCAUCUUUCACCUUCUGGAUGUCCAAGCCUUUCACCUUAAACUUUUAAGUUUUAUCUUUUCUGCCUGGUAACAAGUUACCCUCUCAGCCUGUUCUUAUCUUAAGGGGCUGGGGGAACUGAACUCAGUAGCUGACCAGCAUGGCAAAGGUUAGAGUUGUUCUAACUGUCUGCCAGUUGGUGCUAGAAUUGUUAAUGAAUUCAUUAACUGAGUCUUCCAUACAGAGUAAUGAAUGUCCACAGCUUUGUGUAUGUGAAAUCAGGCCAUGGUUUACACCACAGUCAACAUACAGGGAAGCCACAACAGUUGACUGCAAUGACCUUCGAUUAACAAAAAUCCCCAGCAAUCUUUCUGGUGACACUCAAGUCCUUCUCUUACAAAGCAACAACAUUGCAAAGACUACAGACGAACUCCAACAGCUCUUUAAUUUAACAGAAUUGGAUUUUUCACAAAAUAACUUCACAAGUAUCAAAGAUGUGGGGCUCUCAAACCUCACUCAACUUACUACUUUGCACUUGGAGGAAAACCAGAUAACAGAGAUGACUGACUACUGCUUGCAAGACCUUUGCAAUCUUCAGGAGCUAUAUAUAAAUCACAACCAGAUCAACAGCAUAUCUGCAAAUGCAUUCUCUGGCCUGAAGAAUCUUUUAAGAUUGCAUCUCAACUCCAAUAAAUUAAAGGUUAUUGACAGCCGGUGGUUUGAUUCUACUCCUAACUUAGAGAUUCUCAUGAUUGGAGAAAACCCAGUGAUUGGAAUACUAGAUAUGAAUUUCAAACCACUCUCAAAUUUAAGGAGUCUAGUUUUGGCAGGUAUGUAUCUCACAGACAUUCCUGGCAAUGCCUUAGUAGGCUUGGAUAGCCUUGAAAGUCUUUCCUUCUAUGACAACAAGUUGGUAAAAGUUCCUCAGCUUGCACUUGAGAAAGUUCCAAAUUUAAAAUUCCUGGAUCUCAACAAAAAUCCAAUUCAUAAAAUUCAAGAAGGUGAUUUUAAAAACAUGCUCAGAUUGAAGGAACUUGGAAUCAAUAAUAUGGGAGAACUCGUUUCUGUUGAUAGGUAUGCGCUGGACAACCUGCCUGAGCUUACAAAGCUUGAAGCCACCAACAAUCCAAAGCUGUCUUACAUACAUCGUUUGGCAUUUCGCAAUGUUCCUGCCCUGGAGAGCCUGAUGCUGAACAACAAUGCCUUGAAUGCAGUCUACCAAAAGACAGUGGAAUCCCUUCCAAACCUGCGUGAGAUCAGCAUCCACAGUAACCCACUCAGGUGUGACUGUGUCACUCAUUGGAUCAACUCAAACAAAACUAAUAUCCGUUUCAUGGAGCCUCUCUCCAUGUUUUGUGCUAUGCCUCCAGAGUACAGAGGACAGCAGGUGAAGGAAGUGUUAAUACAGGAUUCAAAUGAACAGUGUCUUCCAAUUAUCUCCCGUGAGACCUUUCCAAAUCACUUAAACCUGGACGUUGGCAUGACAGUAUUUUUAGAUUGUCGGGCCAUGGCAGAACCCGAGCCAGAAAUUUACUGGGUCACUCCUCUGGGCAAUAAAGUAACUGUUGAAAGUCUGUCUGACAAAUACAAGCUGAGCAGUGAAGGCACCUUGGAAAUCUCUAACAUCCAGGUUGAAGACUCGGGGAGCUACACCUGUGUUGCUCAAAACGCAGAAGGGGCUGACACGAGGAUCGCUACUCUCCGGGUGAACGGAACGCUUCUGGAUGGUACCCAGGUCCUGAAAAUCUAUGUUAAACAAGCUGAAUCCCAUUCCAUCUUGGUUUCUUGGAAAGUUAAUGCCAACGUUAUGACUUCCAAUUUAAAAUGGUCGUCAGCCACCAUGAAGAUUGACAACCCCCACAUUACAUACACUGCCCGGGUCCCGGUCGAUGUACAUGAAUAUAACCUCACACAUUUACAGCCAUCUACAGACUACGAGGUGUGUCUCACGGUGUCAAGUAUCCAUCUGCAAACACAGAAGUCCUGUGUUAACGUUACAACAAAAAAUGCAGCUUUUGCUCUAGAUAUUUCAGACCAAGAAACCAGCACAGCCCUAGCAGCAGUAAUGGGAUCCAUGUUUGCUGUCAUCAGCCUGGCCUCCAUUUCUGUUUAUAUUGCAAAACGAUUUAAGAGAAAAAACUACCACCACUCAUUGAAAAAAUAUAUGCAAAAGACCUCUUCCAUCCCACUCAAUGAGCUCUACCCACCCCUUAUUAAUCUCUGGGAAGGUGACAGUGAAAAAGACAAGGAUGGUUCUGCAGAGACCAAGCCAACCCAAGUCGACACAUCCAGAAGCUAUUACAUGUGGUAACUCAGAGGAUAUUUUGCUUCUGGUAGUAAGGAGCACAAAGACUUUUUUGCUUUAUUCUGCAAAAACGAGAAGUUGAAGACUUUUGUAUUUUUGACUUUGCUAGUUUGUGGCAGAGCAGUGAGGACAGGUGGAUAUUUCAGAAUUUUUUAGUAUAGCGUAUCGCAAUUGUUGGACACACAUGGCAGCUUCACCUAGCUUCCAAUUCUUCUUUUUCUUUUCCUUUUUUUUCUUUUCCUUUUUUUUUUUUUUUAGUUAUCGUGCUAAACUUCAUGCUGUUCUAACUACAGUGCUGAAUACAGUGAAUGAGAGGCUGGGGUUCCCCUGGGGUUCAAAAGUAGCACCACCCCAUCCUCCUGAAGCCAUCAGCAGAGCGCAGGAUCUCGCAAAGCUCACACACGGUUUUGAGACUGCAUUGAAAUAGGUUUGUAACGCUGGUCUGAGGACUCGUACACUGAGGAAAGGAGACCUGAAAUGAUGUUAGUUGACUGUACUGUAAUGUUGUAUCAACUGAUUUGAAUGUUUUUGACUUGGAAUGAUGAGUUUUACUUUUCCUCUUUAUUUUUGUAGUAGUU